GCGAGGAAGAAAAUGGCCGACAAGGCAACGGUAAAAGGGCAGGGACGUCGUGUGAGAUACGUGUUUUGGGAGAACGAAAUGCAAAUGCCGUGUUAGACUUGACGAACCAAAACGGAAAGCAUUGGCAAAAUAGUCGUGUUGUCGCUAUUGUUGGUGGUGUAUUUGAGCAAAAUAUCAUCACGCUGGUCAACUGCAUUGGUGUAUUAAUUUAUCGUUUAAAAAAGCGUUCGCGGGCCGUACGUAGGAACAAAAGGGCUCGCUAGAGAUACAGUCAAUUCUAGCACAAGUUACAAUAUUUAUUACAUUUUAUAAUGGCAGUGAGGUAGUUUUGAUUGUGUGCUCAGGGCUUUAAUGAACUUUGAGCAUAUAUUGGUUAAACCGAAAAUGUAAAGAAAACAAUCAUAAUGAAGCCACAGAAAAAGGCAAUGGUUGCCCGGAAGGCAACCAAAAUGCCGACAAUUGCUAAAAAACGUCGUUCGUUCUUAGAGAAAGCUAUAACCGAUGCAAGAAAAGAGAAAAAGCCUAAGAAGCUCGAGAUGUUGGAGGAUGUAAAAAGGAAGAUGGAAACGGAUAAGAAAAAAUCAGAGAAAGGGGAAGAAAGGAAAAAAGUAGAGGAUAAGAAAAAGGUUGAAGAUAAACGGAAAGAAAAAUCUGAAAAGCCUGACGAAAAGAAGAAAUGCGUUAAAGAUCAUGAAAGAAAGUGGGAGAAAGCAGAGGAGAAAAAAUUUGAUAAAACGGAAGAAAAAGUCACCGACGAGUGUACUCACGAUAUUACGGAAAAAAAGAAAGUACAAAAAAUAGAAGAUAAAACAAAGUCUGAAAAGCAAUUUAUAGAAAACAAGAAGAAAGUUGAAAAAAUGGAAGAUAAAAAGAAAUGCGGGAAGCUCGACGACGAGAGUGUAAACGAUGAAAUGCAUCUCUCAAACAUUACGGUAGUGAAUGAUUUACACGAAGAAAAGUUAGAUAUCCUUUGUUCGGUGGAGAAAAAGAAAUGUAAAGACGAGAAGAAGAAGGAUGUAAAACUGAUGAAACCGGACAUAAAAGAAAGCAUAAAGAUAUCUGUGAUAAAAGAUAAAAAAUCAGAACGUAAAAAGCUUCUUGAGAAAGGUACAAUAAAUAGUAAAAGUUCCGUAACGCGAAAUACAAAGAAUACGAAAACAACAUCGAUGCAGAAGAAAGGUAUUUCUCGAAAAACCGUCUUGGCAAAAAAAUCACAUUUAUCGAUAGUUAAGAAACUGGUGGACAAGAACAUCAAGCAAAACAAAUCGAUAAAGGAUGAAGAUACACCGACUAGCGAGGAAGACGAUGCAAUGUUAAAAGCAAGAAAGAAAAAUAUCAAUAUUUCUAAAACUAAAGUAAUGCAAGAGAAGAAACCAAAGUUAAAGAAGCAUAUGAAAGCUAAGUUGCCUUCGAAGAGUAAUAAAAUAAGCAGUACGUUAAAGAAAGAUGAUAAAUUUAAAACCCUGGUGGAGAAGGCUAUACCUAAAAAGAAAAUGGAUUCCAAGGAAACAGAAAAAUCAUUAAACGAGAACAAAAAGAUUAUAAGUAAAGAAGAAUUAAGCGUAGAAUCUGAAACGAAUAAUGUAAAAAGCGAGAUAGAGGAAGAUAAAGAUAUUGAUAAAAAUAGUAAAGAAGAAUCGUUGCAGUCAAAAUUACAGGAUAUUAAAAAGUCUGUUAAGAAUAGUUCAAAAAUUGGUAAAAGAGUAAUGAAAAAGAAGGGUGUAAAAGUACAAAUGGAGAGCAGCAAUCAAAUAAUUUCCUCCUCCGAGGAAACCGGUGCCGUUGAAUCUGGUAAAGAAAUAAAGGUUUGCGAAAUUAGUCCGAACGAUAGCGUUUCUUCUAAACAAGAAGAAGUUGAUAGCGAAAAUCCAGUCGACGCAAACGUGAAAGACGAAACAGUUAACGGCGAGAACUCGGACGAGGAUGCUUUAUCGUCAAAUUCAGAAAAUGAGAGCGACGAGGACGUAAAGAAGAACAAGCAAAAGGAAAUUAAGAAGAAGGAAAGAGCCAGUUCGCCGUCCGAUGAACGCCUUCGACGAAUGAGACUGUUUGGUUUUUGGAGCGGACCGAAACGACACAGGGUGGCUUCGUUGAACGCGUUGGCCAAAGUUCAUUGCCUGUACGAGAACGAAACCGGUGGCGUGUACCUUGGUGGAUUUUGCAAACCAAAACCUGAAAAGGAGAAACAAAAGAAAGCUAAAGAGGAGAAAGAGGAGCACGUUCGAAAAGAGAAGGAGAAGAAGAUCGAGAAUAAAGGCGGGGAGGAAAAUAUUCCGAAAAGGAAACUUCGGAACGUGCCGGGACUGCGCGGAAAGCAUUGGGACAUGAUGGAAAGCUCUUCGUCCUCGUCUUCUUCGGACGAUGACUUUGAACGCGAGAAAACUAUGGAAUACAACAAGAAAAAGAUUAUCAAACGAAGGAAAAAGAACGAAGAAGUAAUGGAUUUAAAGGAUAUGGUGGUUUGCAAAAGAAUGGCGAGCCUGAAUGCUACUGCGAUUCUUGCCGCUUCUUACUCGGACGAAAAGAAUCGUUGCGGUAGCAGCUCCGAUUCUUCGAGCGAGUCAGAAGUGGAGAUUAUUAGGAAACGAAAACCAAACGAUUCCGAUAUCGAGAAACGGAAAUCGAGACAGAGCUCUGAACAGGACGAAGUUCUAAAACCAUCGAAUAAACUCGUUAUCGUGAAUCAGGAUACAGACGUUACUAUUACUGGUGUUUAUGUAAAUCAAACUCGAUCCACUCAUCACGAGGGGUUCUGUAGCAUCGCUGGUAUGCAGUAUAGAAUAAGUUCAACCAGUCAUACUCAAACUGCAGCUACUGCGGUUGCUACGGACCUUCAUGAACAGCAAAAGUUGGAGCAACCUUGUAAAUCAUAUACACCAUUAGGAGCAUUAUCCUCUAUGCAACCACCAGGUAGUCAAGGUAAUCAUCCAAGCAUGUCGCCUCGAAGACAUUCUGCAUUUUCGGCACCGCAUCAACAUGGGUAUUAUCAGCCGGCUGGACCACUGAUACAGCACCCACCAACUUUACCACCCAUUAAAGGGCCUCCGCCAGAACCAACUCCGACGCCCCCCCAAAAUUCCGAAGGCUCGGAUGAUUUAGUUGCAACUUCAACAACUUCUGGGGGAACUAGCAGUACAGGAGGCGGAUUCUAUAGGGCAUAUUGUCCUCAAUAUUACGGUACACCGCCGCAAUAUUCAGACCUGUGCUAUCCACCAGCAUAUUCUCAUCCACAUGCUCAUCCACCUCCUUACUAUAAAUAUGCACCAACAUACAGAAGGCAAUAUUAUGGAUAUCAGGAAUCUAGCGGAGGUGGCGGUCCUGGUGGUGGUGCCACUGCAGGAGGACCAGCAGUCGUCGAUUAUCAACCACCCCCGCCACCACCCGGUGAAUAUCCGCUGCCUCCUUAUUACGGUGGAUAUCCUCCUCCUCCUCCUCCUCCACCACCACCUCCACCUAAUCCAGCAUAUUUGCAUUCUCAAGGAAGACCUUUUGUAGAUCAUGCAGCCUUCCAGGGUUGCCCAUGCCCGAUGCAAUCUUGUCCAAAAAACGUGGAUACUGGGCCCCUUAUUGGUAAUGGUAAGGGAGCGCCAGUGGUAUCGGGGCCCGGUCUGUCAUUGCCGCCCAGUGCUUUGGUAGGUCCGCCCUCGCCGGCGAGGGGGCUAGCCGGGCUAGCGCCACCUCACGGUGCCAAUGCCUGGGAUACGGAUCGCGUCCAACUUAACACUCAUCGCAACCUGAAUCAGAACCAAACUUCUGUCCCUCCGUCUCACAAUCUAGUCGGUGGGCAUAACCGCCCUCAAAAUUCGGAUUGCAAGGAUAAGGAUGAAAAAGAAUCCGCGGAAGAUAAGUUAGAAAAGUGUGGGUGUCAGAAACGUGCAUGCACGUCGACCUGUGAGGUUAAAAUGGAAACUCUUUCGCCCAGCGAAAAGAUAACCGUGCCAACGUGCCCAGGCAACAAGUUUCACAGUUUCAAGCUGGAAAAUAAUAAUGUGAAGUGCGAGUCUUGCAGUGUGGAAAUGGGGGAUAACUUGUCCUGCGUUGCAAAUUGUAAUGUUAAGUGUGAAUCGGAUUACAAGUGCGACAUAAUGAAAUGCGAACAGUGUAUGAAAGAGGGUCAAAUGGCCAUUCUGGAGAUCGACAAGGAUUCUGGUAUUUUACUUGACGAUAAAUUAGACACGGACCCCGAUGUUAAAGAGGAGUUGAACGAUGUUGUUGUGAUCGAGAAUGAAAAUUGGAAGAAGCCGGAUUACGAGCCAACGGUACCGGAAACUAUCGAAGAAACCGUAGAGAAAGAUAGCGCAGAAAGAUCCGACACAGAAGAUGAACAACCAAAAUGUCAAAAAGUGUCGAAAAGAAAGCUAUCCUUGGAUAGCUUGUCCGACAGUAGAAAGAAAAGGAAAGUGAGUAAAAGGACACUUUCUGUUGGCUCGUCGCAAGAUUUCAGCAACACCGACUGUUCGCCAAAAAUUACUAUACCAAUUUUGUCUCUUAUAAAAAAGAUCGAUGGUAACAACGGCGACGCGUGUAUUUCGAAAAAGAAGCAACCCAGGAAAGAUGGUCAGAAUCAAAAACGGAAAGUGGAGAAUCCAACUUGUUGCGAGAACGUAAUAAAAAAAUCGAAGAUUUGUAAGCAGAGUACAAGUAACAAUAUUCAAAGCUGUUUCAAGCAUGCUGCCAGUGAUAAUUCCAUUAUGGAAACUAUUAAUAACGUUAUACAGCAAAGUUUGGAAAUGACGCAGAAAAAAGACCGGAAGAAUAAGAACGCAGAGAAACCGGAGAAAACGAAGAAGGAAGCGAAUACGUUGUCUACGGUGAAAAAGGUAACUAAAAAGGUUGAUUCGAUGAAAGAAUUAACGUCGGAGAAAUUAUCGAAGAUAACUACGAAGUGCGGCCUGUCUAAAAGUAAAGCGGACACGCGGACGAAAUUAAGGGCACACGAUAAAAAUAAACCGAAAGGAAAGGGUAAAUCGAAAGUGCACGAAACGAAGGUAAAGGAUAACGGUAAAAAGCACGAUAGUACAACAAAAGCGAAAGCGAAGGAUGUUUGCGAGAUCGGUAAAAAGCCAGCUUUAAUUAAGAAGAAGAGAAAAAGUACGAAAAAGGUGUACGUUAAGAAAUCCGCUUCGAAGGUCGAAGAGUGUAUAGUAGGCAGUGAGAAUUUAAUACUGACUAGAAAAACAUUUUUAAAACCCAAGUGGAGUAACGGAUGGAGUUGGGAGGGUUAUCCGUUUGAAGCCAAAGUUUAUUUAACGAACGAGGAGUCGGCUAUACGUCGAUGUUACGCGAGCAUGAAGCACGAAAGUGGCGACGUUCUAAGACCUCGCGACUGCGUUUUACUAAAGAGUGGUCUACGAAAAGCUGAUUUGCCAUUCGUAGCAAAAAUUGCCGCAUUAUGGGAAAAUCCAGACGAUGGCGAAAUGAUGUUUUCCCUAUUGUGGUACUAUAGACCAGAACAUACCGAGCAAGGUAGAACUCAAUACGAUACCGAAGACGAAGUGUUCGCUUCACGGCAUCGAGAUGCAAACAGUGUUGCUUGUAUAGAAGAUAAAUGUUAUAUUUUAACAUUCAAUGAAUACUGUCGGUAUCGUAAAAAUUUACGGAGAAUCGAGGAGGGAUUAGAGAGUCCCGGUUUAAUAGUUCCACCGGGAGAUCAAAUAUAUCCACGAGAAAAUCGACAGCCUCCGAUACCAGUGCCCUCGGACAUGGUCCUGUUUUGUCGACGCGUUUACGAUUAUCGUGGUAAAAAACUUGUUAAGAAUCCUGGAUGACUCGAUUUUUUAUAAAACGCUUUGAACAGGAACCAAUGGAAUGCACAAAGUUUGCAGUAAAAAUUGAAACUGGACGUAGGUCUCCCUUCAAGCGUAAUUGCAUCGAUUGAUUUACAUUUUAAAAGACGACGGAUUUAGAUUAAUUUUCGAUGAAUUUUAAAGCUUUGGGGUACACGCGUAAAUAUAUGGAUUUUUUAUAGACAUAGGUAUACUUUUGUUAAUGGUAAACGAUUGCAUCGGGAAUUCACACAUUUUUUUUUAUUUCUACGUUGACUAUUAUGUAUACAUCGCGUAUUAGAUUUGUUGGAAUGAUCUAUUCUAUCGCAUGCGGAUGUCCUAUGUUUUAAGAGGGCAAGAAAAACACUAGAUUCGUGGAGUAUAGUAAUGCAGAAAUUUGAAUUUCAACUUUCGUAAAAGAGAAAGGAACGAUAACGAACGAAUAAUACACACACACACACACACACACACACACACACACACACACACACACACACACACAUAUAUAUACUGUUUUAAAGUUAUAAGAUAGGCAAAUGCUUUUUAACCCGUUUUCUACGUUUCCAAUUUACGAUACGAUAGAAAUUUUAACGAAUCGUUUGAUCAAUUUCGAUGAUUAGUAUUUUGUUGAAGCAUGUAUCUCCGAGUCGAUGCAAUGAAAAUAGUAUGAAAAUAUGCCGCUCGAUAGCAACGUGGCACGGGAGGUUUUCAAAUAAGUUAUCGAGAAACGGUUGUUUCUUGCAAGCUCCUCGAUAAAAAGUUCGUUUCUAUAGAGGGCUCUGUAUUCGUCUAUCGAACGACAAACGACACGACACGAUCGCCGUUUUGUCAAUACGGGUUAUUUUAUCGCGAGCGCAACACGUUUUUAGGGAGAUAAUAGAAUUUGACAAUUUUAUAGAGAGAAUCAUAUUUUUUGUGAGAUAGUAUUUAUAACAGUGAAAUGAGUAUUUUUCACAUUGGAGAUACGAAUACGUACAUGGUAUGUAUCUCGGCGCCCUCCUUGGAGGAGACCUUCGAACAGUUUCAAGGUAGAAAUCAAACGCCUGGGGUACUUGACCAUUUAGCAAAAAAAUAGUAAAUGUAUGCGAUGUGUUGUACGGGACAAGACAAGAAGCGGAAGCUAGGCGAAUUCGGUUCUAACAUGAAGGAACACUUCCAUUGUCUUGCGAUGGUUCACAAAACCCAUACACAUGCGUUAUUUUAAUAUGCGUAACGUAACGUAAGUUUCAUUUUUAAAACGAGAACCGUCGAUAGCGGAGCAUCGCGAAAUGGAAUUGAUUGGAUUUGGAAAUUUUACUGGAGACGACGGUAGGCUUCGCGUACUCGAAACACAGUUACACAAGACUUUAUCGGAGAUCGAGAAAAAAGAAAAAAAAAUUCUAAUUCGAAUUUUAUCCAAACUGCCAUAUCACGGAAUAUAUUUAAUCGUUUCUUUCGUUGUAAAUUUAUAAAUGUUAAGUUAAUGUUCAUACGCUUCUGAACAAAGUCAGACCUUUACCGAGUACGUUGAAUCGUUGAGAAAAAAAAAAAAAUCAUACGAUUAAUAGAUCUAUUUAUAAUGAUAAUUUAUAUUCGUUCGCUGCGUAGUACGGAAUCGUCUGUUUUCUUCUACGUUUUUUAAAUGAAAGAGAAAGCAAAAAAUAAUAAUGAAAUUAUAGUUUUUCUUAUUGCGACGUGGAAAUCGCAAACAAAAAAAAAAAAUGUUAUUUUUAGAAACAUUUACGUUCUGACCCGUCACAAUUUGUACAUCUCUUGUAACGAACAUUUAUUGCUUUAUUUAACUUGAAAAUCACGUUCCCUAAUUAUUAGGGAUGAAAAAAAACGUGGUUAUAUGAUAAUCCCUUAUAUCUUCAUUAUUUGGAGUCACAUGUUAUUCAUUAGCGUAUAGUUAAUGUAUCGCAUCGUAGUAUGCCAAAACGUAUUCGUGAAUUACGAGAAACCCUUACGUUAGCCAAUAACUAUAAUUAUAUUACACGAGAGUUUAUAAUAAUGAGUAGAAAUCUUAGGAUGUAAUUAUUUUUACUGAAAUUCCAAAUAAGCAUAACGUCGACGUAUAUUUUUGAUUAUUUGUUGAGUGGCGGGUGUUUUGUUAGAAAUUAUAUUAUUUAAAAUUAAUAUAUUGAUGAUACGAUUAUUAUUUAAUAUCUAAUAUAUUGGAUAUAGAUACUAAGUUAUUUCCGAUAGAACGAAAAUAUUAUAUGUAGUAUAGAUAGGGGAAGGGGAGAGCGCCCGUGAUUGUUCCUGUCUGUGUAUGCGUGUGUGCGAUGCGAAAAUAAUCUAGUGGCAAACACAUUGAGAAAAACAGAGAAACAAUUGAAAAUACAAAAUGACAAGGGAAUACGUUUAAAGAAAAAAAAACCUGUAAUACCAAAACAUUUUAUUUUCUUUUCUUUUUCUCAUUUUUUAAAAUGCUUUCUUGACGAUUUAAUAUAUAUUAUAUUUAUUAAUUUAUCUAUAACGAACAACGGACAUGCCGUGUGAGAAUCGUGUUAGUAUUAUACGCGGAAGUAUCGCGUCGUUCCACGAGAAGAAGGCACAGCGCGGUUUCCAUCCCCACUGUUGCUGCAGUCCGCUGAUCAGUCCGGCUAUCACCGAUCUUCGUCAACCGUUUUCGACCAAUGCCCCUGUGAGUCGGCGGACUGCAACAGAAGCGGGGAUGUAAAUACGCUGUGCCUUGUUCUCGUGGAAGGACGAUAUCGUCGUGCGCCGUGUUGUCGAAACAAGAGAGGAAAAAGAAAAGAGAGAAAGAAGAUAAUGCAUGCCCGUGUUUCCGUUGUCGCGUGUUAUCGGUGACGAGAACAAGCCUAAAUAGAGUCGAUCGCAGAAACGAUAAUGAAAAAAACGCGGCGUAUGUAGAUACGGCACACACACCAUUCUUGCGAUCUUUUACGAAUAGUUUUUUAUUAAUUUUUAUCGCGUCGCGUGCCGAUGCAUUUUAUCAAGGUAAACGAAAUUAUUCACGAGGCGAGCCACGAGAGACGCGUAGAUAUUCGAGUGUGAUUUGCGUGUAAUUCUAAGGGAAAACGAGGGCGAAUGGCUUUUCUCCGUAGCGCAAAAAAGAGAUAAAAAAUUUCCGAAAUACACUUUAACGAUGGUAAAUAUGGGAACAUUGCACAAAGAGAGAGAGA